AUGUCAAUCGUGAUAGAAUUGACUCUGGAGGAAUCAGUGGAUCCGCAUGAAGUGCAAAGACUUUUGAUCGAUUUUCUGAAGGCAUCACCACCUAUAUUCAAAUCAAUGAAUAUACGUUACUUGAGGCUUGGGAAAAAUGAUGGAACUGAAGAACACUUGGUCAAUUUAACUGAUGCAUCAGAGGAUUUUGGUUGUACAACUUGUUGCAUGGAUGACAUGGAAGAGUCUACGAUCAUGAACUUUGACGGAAAUUUGGUUCCACGUGAUCCGAAUGGAAUUUUGUUCAAUGAUCGUGAUACAAACCAGGAAUUAAACAACACAUUUUAUAUGGAUUGCGAAAAUCAUUCAAACUCGAUUGUGAAAGAAGAAACUUCCACUUUUGUGCUGAAAAGAGAACCAUCGAUGGAUGUAUCUUCAUUACAACAAUUUUACACAAAAACAACUUCAAAACGAAAGUCUUCAUUAAAAGAAUUGGAGACAUCCACCAAGGCAAUUUCACAAAAUGCCGUCAAGCCAAGAAACAUCACAAGCACCAUGCACAGUACUCAAAAUGCAGAGGGCCCUGAAAAGUCAAUGAAUUUUGUAGAGGAUCAAGUUAAUAAAGCUUCUAACAGAGCAAUUGAUGAUUCCGUCUUUGAUCGACCCACUUUGGGAGAAUUCAAGAACGACAAUGAAAAAGUUGACGAAACAAAAGAAAAAGGGGCUGAAAAGGAUUCACUACUGGACGAAGUUAAUAAAGAUUUAAAUGUGGAUGAAUUUGAAAGCGAUCCACAUGAAGCAAGCGAAACAAGCGAACGUACGAAAAGUAAUUUGAAUGAAAUUGCUCACAUUUCAAACGGAGAACGGGUCAAAUUCGAAAACAAUGCUGAUGAUAAAAUUUCAAACAUUGAUGAUUCGUCAUCCGAUCGAAGUGCUUCAAAUCCGUUCAAAGACGACUCUGUAGCAGAGGUAGAUCACAAAGAACCAAAAGAAAAAGGAACUGAGGAUGAUUUGGAAGACAUUGACAAUAUUUCGAACGGAGCAAUUGAUGAUUCCUCGUUUGAUCGAAGCUCUCUAUAUGAACUUGAAAAUGAACUCGAAGAACCGAAAGAAGAAGAAAAGGAGGAUGAAGUAGAGCAACGUCUAACGGAAAAUCCUCCCAUGAGAUUUACAAACCUAGCUCUUGUUGAUAUACUUGAAGCUGCAAAACGAGGAGAUUUGACAAUCAAUGAGAGUAUGGCCGACGUUAGUUUUGUGAGUGUUGAUCUCCAUGACGAAGCACUUAUUUCAAACAAUGAAAUUCCAGAGGAUUAUGAGUUUGCUUUUGAAGUACUCAAGAUCGAAAAUGAUGGAAUUAUGUACAAGCGCAGGAUAUUGUGGAAGAACGUAAAGUGCAAGCUCUGUGCCGAUACAAGCUUUAUGAAGCGAGAAGAAGCUAUCACACAUCUUCACACAAGACAUUGUGUACAAAACUUUCGGAGCUUGGAAUCAGGAAUUACUCAUUUACUAACAAAACACUGCGAUAAAUAUGCUCCAAAAAUCUUCAGAUGCAAACUGUGCUCGGCAACCUCGUUUUAUAAACGCAAUCUUGGAAAGCAACACGUUCAGAAGAAACACCGCCUACAGUAUCGUAGAAAUAUCUCUGGCGCAACAAUAGAAGAGAAAUGGCACCCAUUGACUUUGAUGGAAACGUUGAAAGUCGCCAAGGAAGCUUUUCCACAAAUCAGCAAAAUCAUUGAAAGGUAUCUUGUAUGGGUGGUGAAGUCUGGAAAACUCGAUAUGGAUGCUUUGAGACAAUCACCCGACAAU